AUGCGGGGCGGCUGGGUCGGUAGCGACGAGGCGCUGCCGCUGCGGCUCUGGUGGUCGUUGCUGCGGCAGCGGCGGGGAUCGGUCGCCUCCCUUCGCUUCAGCCCCCCAUCUGCCUCCUCCGGCCCUUCCGACCGCGGAGAAGGGAGAGCCGCCGCCGCCGCGGAGAGUUACUCACAAGUUAUUGUCAUGAUGAAGAGUAUUGAAGCUGAAGAACAGAUGAGCAGCUGGCUCUUCAAACAGCUGAAACUCCAUUUGGAUCAGGAAUGGAAAUACCAGCCGAGGGAAAAAGGGCUGAGUCUGAUUGAGUGCACUACUGAGGUGAAACCUAAGCAUUUGUCCUGCAUCGGAGUCUGUUGUUUCCAGCUGGCUGCUCAACAGGUGGAGGAGGAAGGCAACAUCCCGUCUCUCCAUGAUGUCAUCCGAAUUAGCCAAUGCAAAUGCACAGUUUCUGACCUAAAGCGGAUGGAGAAAAUCAUAUCAGAAAAACUGCACUUUGACUUCAAAGCAACUACUGCCUUAACUUUUUUGCACUUAUACCAUACUAUUGUACUCUGUCAUACCUCAGAAAGGAAAGAGUUGUUGAAUCUCGACAAACUGGAAGCACAACUUAAAGCUUGCAACUGCCGACUUGUUUUUUCAAAAGCAAAACCAUCCAUUUUGGCCCUGUGCCUUCUCUCUCUGGAAGUGCAGACUCUGAAAUCCAUGGAGUUGUUUGAGAUUCUUCUGUGUGUUCAGAAGCACUCCAAGAUAAGUGACAGUGACUUACUGUAUUGGAGAGAGCUGGUCUCAAAAUGCUUAGCAGAUUAUGCUUCUCCCGCCUGCUGCAAGCCAGACCAUAAAAAACUCGUCUGGAUUGUUUCAAGACGCACUGCCCAGAAUCUUCAAAACAGCUACUAUAGUGUUCCUGAGUUGCCCACAAUCCCAGAGGCUGGAUGCUUUGAUGAAAGCGAGAGUGAGGACUCCUGUGAAGACAUGAGCUGUGGAGAAGACAGCCUGAGCAGUUCCCCUUCCAGUGACGGAGAAGGCGCCUUCUUUUUUGACCUCAAACCAAAAUCAAAGUGGCAGGCUCUCUCCUUCGAUUCCAUGUGCUAGUCUGAGCUCCUUCAACGCACCGUACUAUUUGUAGGCAAUAAGUCUCUUAAACCAGCCCUCUCUCCCGCUCGGGUGCCUUCCAAGUGCAGGCUUCCACUCCCAGAAUCGCCAGCCCACCCCUAACUUGUCGAUAAAAAAAUUCUGGGGGUCGAAAUCGACAUGGCCGGAAUGUGCUUACGGUUGGGGAAAAAAAGCUGAUCUUAGCAUUCCUUGUCCUUUGGUACAAGAUCUCAUGGAGUACUCACAGUACGUAUUGUGCUUUUUACCUUUGUAUGAUGGUAACGUCUGAUGUGGCGCGAGGGAUCAAAUUAACCAUUUCAAACCUUGUUCAGCGAGAAACAAUCCACAGGAGCACAACAAAAUUCGCCACCACCGGAGCACAAGACAGCUUCAAAAGCUUUUGAGCUGGGCUUGAAUUCUCUGCUGAAAAUAGGUUGAAUCUUAGCGGUUGACGUAUUUGGUGGAUAAAUGAAAUCGCAGUGACGUAUAUGAAUUGCUUUUCUUUCUUUCUUUUAAAAAAGAUUUUAAAUAAUUUUUUUUUGUUAUUCUUUUAAAGGAAGUAUUCCUGGGGUUUUUCAGGAGACUUGUUUUAAUCACAAAUGCUGUUUUUGGGGUAGAAAUAAAUAAGCUGCUUUUUUUGUUUUUUAAACGCAAAACCAAUCCACACUGGUUCUGAAGCAUAUUUUAGUGCUAAAAUUUCUAAAGGUGAGCUUUCAAAUCCUCAAAUUAGGAAAUGAAAUGUUUUUAGAAAACCUUAGUGUUGCUGUUAAAACAAAAACAAAAACGAUACUAUUAAAAUUAGAAAGUACCGGAUUUCAGUGUAAAGUCCCCAGUCCCUCUCCCAUAGCUUAUUUCAGUAUUUCUUUUACAUCGUUAUUAAGUAAAUCUAUAUUCGUUAACUUUUGCAUGCUUAAGUGAAAAUGGUUAGUGGAAAGGCAAUUGAUUAUGGAGAAGUUUUGAUAAAUGUGAAGUUGAUAAAAUGGGUGUCAUGACAUUUAAUUGCUUGCCUUCACCCCCCCCCUUUUUAAAGCACAGACUUAAUGGUUGCUUUACUUUAGUUCCUUUAAAUAUAUGCAAAGUAAGCAAAAGAAGUCAUUUAGUCUGUAGUAAUAAUGUGAAAGCAAGGCUAUGGUUGAAAUGAAGCGGCAAUAAAGUUAUGAUCCUUGCUUUGAGUGUUUUUUCCUGUGUAGCAGAAGUGAAUGUUUGAUAACGUGCGGUGUGAUCUGAUUUUUAUAAAGAAAAAAAAAAGUUUACAAAAACGUGUAAAAAUGUAAAUUAAAACCUGUAAAAAAACUUAAAAAAACAAAAUAAGCUGAAAAAUAUUGUAUUUUUACAGUGUACGUUACUUUCUAUAUGUUGCAUGUAGAUAUUAAUUUAUUAUACCUUGUAUAUGAUAUAAAUAAUGUAUAUGGAAGGUUGGGGGUGGGGGGGUUGGUACUGCCAGACUGUCAGAAUGUUUUUUGAAAGCUAUUUUUGCUCAGAAAUAACUCAAGAUUCUCUCUCUC